AGAAAUUAUAUUUUUAUUAUUUCGUAAGGCAGUUUUACAUACAUCGAAAAAAGGAAAUGAUGUCACACGGAUCUGCUGGCCUCCUGCUUCUGCUCAGUGUUGUUUCCAUGGCGACCAGUCAAGCUGUGGAUCUCACUAGGUUACCGGAGGCUAAAGGAGAACCUGUGGUGCGGGCAACUGUGUCACAGAUCCGAGAGUCGUGUGCCUUCCAGAACGAUUAUCUCUAUCUGAAGAGGCUGGCUUUUGUGUCCUCGGAGUAUGGCAUGGCUUCUGGAUCAUUUAGACCAAGGUUCCACGGGGGAAUAUGGCAGAUUUCUCGCGAGGACUAUAAACUCACCCGCAACAUGGACAGCAAAUUCUACGAUCUAAUCCAUAAAAAGCUUAACAUCGAAUGGAAAAAGACCAAAUGGAGGGACUUGAGAAAGCCACUCUACUCCGGAAUUGCAGCUAUGCUCACGCUAGAGAGAUUGUCCCCCAUCCCCCGAGAUGCCAAAAGACAAGCAGAAUUCUUCGAAAUCUACUUGUCAGGAAAUGCUACGCUCUAUCUUGACCAGAUAUCUCGCACACAAAGGUCAUGCGACACUAAAGAGCUCGACAUGGCUUUCGUCCUUGAUGGCUCGGGCAGCAUUUCUGCUUCAGAAUUUGAAGAGUCAAAAAAGUUUACAUCGCUCGUUCUCAGAAAUUUCUUAGUGGGACCUGAUUACACCCGCGUGGCUGUAACCACCUACAGUGACCACGUGUUUGAGGACAUUCGAUUUCUUCAAUACAACACAACUGAUUCAGUUCGUAAGGCAGUGUUUACAGUGACCAAAGAGGACGAAUACACCAAGACACACCUUGCCCUUGAGAGCCUGUUAACGUCUACGUUCACCGCACAGGGCAAGUCCCGGAAGGAGGCGGCGAGGAUCGCCGUUAUCCAGACAGACGGGAACUCUGAUGACAGGUCACUCACCUUGAAGGCGGCUGGCAGGCUGAGGGAUGCUGGAGUCACUGUGUUUGCAAUAGCCAGCAUUAUCCAAGACGUGAACACUGCAAACAAAUACAACUGCACGGGAAAAAAGAAUAUCAUGUUUGACGUGAAAAGCAAGACAACAAUUAUGGUGAGUGUGAGCCAAUAG